AUGGCGCUAACCGAUCCCGGCCGCUACAUCACUUCUGGCGGGCAGCUGAGCAACUGCCUUGCCAGGCCACCGAGGAGUCACUUUCUCUCACUCAUUCACAGGCACACCUUCUCUCGGUGCACAACACAGCCCGAAUUUAAUAGAGCAACCGGCUGCUUCGUCAUCGACGAGGCGGCCGCUUCAACCAGCACCACGCCUCCAUUAACCCGCAAGCGCAAGCUUGACACCACAACCACCUCCGCACCACCCACUUCCGCCACCGCAGGAGCAGAGCCUGUGAGAAAGGCGAGCAAAACAAAGCAGAAGCAGGUCGAGCAGGUCGAAGCCGCUUUGCCGGCCACGCCGCAGACCCUUGUCUCCGACAAACCCAUGGACUCCGACGAUGAGGUCAACAGUGUAAUCUCGAGCGAUGAGUUUGGCGGCGAUGCCGAUAGCAGUGUAGGGGAUGUAGAGGAUUUUGGGGCAGACGACUCGGAUGUAGACUUCGACGACCUACCCGAGCACGACAAUUUCGAGACUCAAGAGAAGGAUCUCAAACCGAGGAAGAAGGCUUUCGAGGUCGAUCAUAAGGUCUACAGUCCCGAAGACAUACAGCGGCAGCAGGAUGACCAGGUUGCCGAGGUUUCUACUUUACUCGAGCAGCCACACGAAGACACGGCGAUCUUGCUGCGGUAUGCGCGAUGGAACAAGGAGAAGUUGAUUGAGCAGUACAUGGAUGGUCAGGAAGAGGUGCUCGAUAAGGCAGGGCUGGGUCAGGAUGUGCAGAAGAGUCCACCUCGGAUAGAGACAAUCGAUGGCUUCAUGUGCGAUAUCUGCUGUGAGGAUGGUCCUGGACUGCAAAGCUUGGCGAUGAAGUGCGGGCAUCGGUUCUGCGUGGACUGCUACCGACAGUACCUUGAUCAGAAGAUUCGCGGAGAGGGAGAGGCAGCUCGGAUCAAGUGUCCCGGCGAUGGAUGCAACAGGGUCGUGGACGCCAAAUCUCUGGACCUCCUCGUGAGAACCGACCUCACCGACCGCUAUCACCAACUCUUGAUGCGUACUUACGUGGACGACAAGGAAAAUCUUAAGUGGUGUCCUUCGCCGAACUGCGUCUACGCCAUCGAGUGUGGAGUGAAGAAGCGUGAUCUUACUCGAAUCGUACCGACGGUGCAGUGUGACUGCAAGCACAGCUUCUGCUUCGGCUGCACACUCGCCGACCAUCAACCCUGCCCAUGUGCUCUUGUCAAGCUGUGGCUCAAGAAGUGCGCAGACGACUCUGAGACGGCGAACUGGAUCUCGGCGAACACAAAGGAGUGUCCCAAGUGCCAUUCGACCAUCGAGAAGAACGGCGGCUGCAACCACAUGACGUGCCGCAAGUGCCGCAACGAGUUCUGCUGGAUGUGCAUGGGCGUGUGGUCGGAGCACGGCACGAGCUGGUACAACUGCAACCGCUUCGAGGAGCGCAGUGGCAUAGACGCGAGAGACACACAGGCUAGGAGCCGGCAGUCGCUAGAGCGCUACCUGCACUACUACAACCGGUAUGCGAAUCACGAGCAGUCGGCGCGACUGGACAAGGACAUUUUCCACAAGACCGAGAAGAAGAUGACGUUGCUGCAGUCGGCGAGCAAUAUGUCGUGGAUCGAGGUGCAGUUUCUGGAGGAGGCGUCGCAGGCGCUGCAGCGGUGUCGGCAGAUUCUGAAGUGGACGUAUGCGUUUGCUUACUACCUGGCGCGCAACAACGAGACGGAGAUCUUCGAGGACAACCAGAAGAACCUAGAGCUGGCGGUGGAGGAUCUUUCGGAGAUGUUUGAGAAGCCGACGGAUCAGCUGUCCGGGUUGAAGGUGGAGAUGAUGGACAAGACGACGUUCUGCAAUCGGCGGCGUAUCAUUGUGCUGGACGACACGGCGAAGAGGCUUAAGGAUGGAGUCUGGGAGUUCAACGUCGACCUCAACAAGCCGGUGUGA